AUGUUACUUGAAGAUCAAAGAUACAUUCAUGAGGACCUCGAGCGCCUCGAGCAGGGUAUUGCCGAUCGCAUGAGCGAGGAACCCAAACAUAUCCGCGAUCGCUUGAACCGAGAUCACGAAGUAUCGCAGCUCCUGGAUCAAAUCCAGCGCCAAUCCUCUGAACUUCUUCCUCUCUACGAGGACAGGUCCGGGCUUCGAUCGAAAGAGAUUUUCCAAAUCAGCACUGGCGACCCGCUCGACGAGUUUUACCGCCAAGUAACCAACAUCAGGGAUCACCACGCGCGAUAUGCGAAUGAACAAGCCGAGAAUUCGGAGCAAUGGUACCGACCGCGAAAGGGAGGCGAUGACCAGCCGUACCUUGUCGAGACCAUGUUCUCGGGCGAGGAGGCGUACGGACGAUUCUUCGACCUGCACAACUGCCACGACUCUUACCUGAACCUUCCGAACGCGAAGCGCCUGGGGUAUUUGCAGUACCUCGAGGUUUUUGACAAUUUUCAACCGGGAUUUGGGGGGUUGAAGCGGGCGGACAAAUUGACGGACCCGUACUUCAAGUAUUUGGGCGAUCUGAUGGGGUAUCUGGAAGGGUUCAUGCGUCGGACGCGGCCGUUGGAGAAUAUCGAUCAAGUACUAGAGACCUGGCAGCAAGAUUUCGAAUCGGCAUGGGAGCACAGCGAAGUCCCUGGGUGGGAAACCGACAAGGCAGCGAAAGCAGCAGCGGCCACGCGCACGCUAAGCUCUCCCGAUGCCGUUUGGUGCGAAGCAUGCGAAAAGGAGUUCAAGAACAGGAAUGUCUACAAUGGUCACCUGACAGGGCGGAAACACGUCAAGGCGGCCGAGGCGUUUGCGCAGCGGGAGGAGUCCCAGGAUGGUGCCGGGUCUGGUACAACAUCAGUCCAGCGUCUCAAGGAGAGAGCCGUUGCGGAGAGGGAGUUCCGCGUCAAAAAACUGACCGGCGCCAUGAACAUCGAGCGGGACGACACGCGAAUCAACGUCGAGAGGCGACAAGGUAUGACGGAACGAGAACGGCAGCAAGAGUUAGAGAACCUUUACAACAUGACAUCUGGGCCGCAAAACCGGGAGGAAGAGGACGAGGAUAGGGAUGAGGGCGACGACAAGUUCUACAACCCCCUCAAGCUGCCGCUGGCCUGGGACGGGAAGCCCAUUCCUUUCUGGCUGUACAGGCUUCACGGCCUGGGACAAGAGUUCCCAUGCGAGAUUUGUGGCAACUUUGUCUACCGUGGCCGGAGGGCCUUCGACAAGCACUUCAACGAGACGAACCACAUCACCAACCUCAAGCGGCUCGGGAUUACCAAUACCUACCUGUUCCGCGACAUCACCUCCAUCGAGCAGGCCGUGCGUCUUUGGGACAAGAUUCAACGGGAUCAGAACAAGGGUCAUAUUGACGACGGCGCAGUGGUGCAGAUGGAGGACGCCGAGGGUAACGUGAUGCCGGAGAAGGUGUACCUUGAUUUGCAGAAACAGGGGUUGUUGUGA